AUGUUAAACUUUACUACGUUUUCGAAAAAACAAGAAGUUCUAAUAAAAUCUCAAACUCCCGCAACUUCAAUAUCAUCUGUACUUGCACACUAUUCUUAAACUCGCACACAUAUGAAUCUGCCAAAGCAAAGUGUUGCAAGAACCAUUAAAUCGACAAUAAAUCUAGAAAUCUUGAACACCCUUCUGCUUAAAUGUCAAAAUUACAGUCAAUUCAAUCAAAUACUCUCUCAAAUGAUCACCACUGCUUAUAUAAAAGACACAUAUGCUGCAAGUAAGCUUCUAAAGUUCUCUACUUUAUCAUCCUUUAUUCAUAUUGAUUAUUCUUGCUGGAUUUUCAAUUGUGUUCAGAACCCAAAUGGGUUUAUUUAUAAUACCAUGAUGAGGGCUUGUUUGAAUAAGAAUUGUGCUAAAGGUGCUGUCUUUUUCUAUAGAAUGAUGUUGUUGAACAAUGAGGGUGCUGAUAAUUAUACUUACCCAAUUCUUGUGCAAGCUAUGGGGUCUAGAGGGUAUGUGUUUGAGGGGAGACAAGUGCAUAAUCAUGUUGUGAAGGUUGGGUUUGAGGUUGAUGUUUAUGUCAAGAAUACUUUGAUUAGUAUGUAUGUUGGUUGUGGCAGAGUAAGGGAUGCAAGGAAGGUGUUUGAUGGGAGUGGUGUUCGAGACUUGGUGUCGUGGAAUUCGAUGUUGGCGGGGUAUGUUAUGAUGGGAGAUGUGAAUGAGGCUAAGGUUAUGUAUGAUUCGAUGCCUGAAAGGAAUGUGAUUGCUUCGAAUUCGAUGAUUGUUUUGUUAGGUCGGUGUGGGAGAUUGAGUGAGGCUCGUCGGUUGUUUGACGAGGUUGGUGCGAAGGAUCUGGUUUCGUGGACUGCUUUGAUUUCGUGUUAUGAGCAGAGUGGGAUGUAUGAAGAGGCGUUGACUAUGUUUGCCGAAAUGAAUUGUUGUGGGAUUGGAAUGGACGAGGUUGUGUUGGUGAGUGUACUUUCUGCAUGCACACAUUUGUCUAUUGUCAAGACAGGAGAGAUGAUUCAUAGAUUAAGCUUAAGAAUUGGAAUUGAUUCUUAUGUUAACCUUCAAAAUGCUUUAAUUCACAUGUAUUCGACAUGUGGGAAUAUAUUGGCUGCGGAAAAUUUAUUUAAAGUGAGCUGCCAGUUGGAUCAAAUAUCAUGGAACUCUAUGAUCUCUGGUUACUUGAAAUGUGGCAAAAGUGACAAGGCCAGAGAGUUAUUCGACUCUAUGACAGAGAAAGAUAUUGUAACAUGGAGCGCAAUGAUAUCCGGUUAUGCCCAACUUGGUCUCUUUGCUGAAACAUUAACAUUGUUUCAAAUGAUGCUUCAUCAAGAAGUGAGGCCGGAUGAAGUCACAUUUGUUAGUGUGAUCUCAGCUUGCACCCACCUAGCUGCCCUUUCACAAGGAAAAUGGGUACAUGCCUACAUAAGGAAGAAUGGUUUCAAGAUCAAUGCUCUUCUUGGCACAACCCUCGUAGACAUGUACAUGAAAUGUGGGUGUGUAAAGAAUGCACAGGAAGUUUUUCUUGGUAUGGAGGAGAAGGGCGUGUCAUCUUGGAAUGCACUAAUUCUUGGGCUUGCAAUGAAUGGUGUUGUAGAAAAGUCACUUGAAACGUUUUCAGUUAUGAAGAAAUGUGGCGUAGAGCCUAAUGAGAUAACAUUUGUGUCUGUUCUUAGUGCUUGUCGCCAUAUGGGUUUAGUCGAGGAGGGUCGCAGCCAUUUUGAAAGCAUGAUUCAGAAACAUGGAAUUGCACCUAACAUUAAACAUUAUGGAUGUAUGGUUGAUCUACUUGGGCGUGCUGGAUUGCUAAAAGAAGCAGAGGAGCUAAUUGAAAGCAUGCCUAUGGUUCCUGAAGUUGCUACUUGGGGUGCACUGCUUGGUGCUUGUAAAAAACAUGGUGAUAAUGAAAUGGGAGAGAGGAUAGGAAGGAAGCUUAUUGAACUUCAACCUGAUCAUGAUGGGUUUCAUGUCUUAUUAUCUAAUAUAUAUGCAUCAAAAGGUAAUUGGCAUGAUGUUGGAGAAAUUAGAGGGAUGAUGACGCAGAACAGCGUGGUUAAAACUCCAGGUUGCAGUGCAAUUGAGGCAACUGGUGUUGUUCAUGAAUUCCUAGCAGGUGAUAGGGCGCAUCCUAGGAUUCAUGAGAUAGAGGAGAUGCUGACCGAAAUGUCUAAAAGAUUGAAAGUAAUGGGUUACUCACCAGAUACAAAUGAGGUCUCAUAUGAUGUUGAUGAGGAGGACAAGGAAACUGCUCUUUUUAGACAUAGUGAGAAACUUGCAAUCGCCUUUGGUCUCAUAGCUAUUAGUCCUCCAGAAUCUAUUAGAAUAGUCAAGAACUUGCGGAUCUGUACUGAUUGUCACGAGGCAGCAAAACUUGUUUCUAUGGCUUUUAAUCGUGAAAUCAUAAUAAGGGACCGACAUCGUUUUCACCACUUUAAGGAUGGUAGUUGUUCCUGCAAGGAGUAUUGGUAACAGUCCAACAUGCAGCGACUCCAAGAAAAGAAAAACAACCUUCUGAGAGAAUCGAAGUUUCUAAGGAACAGGCCUUGAUAUGUUUUCUGAAAAUAAAUUUUAGGUUGAAAUCAUCAACAAUUUACCAGAUACAUCUUUUGUCAAGGCAUUUUGUUGUUUGAAGGCUUCAUCUGCCUAUUAGCGGGCUGACGAAUAGCGGGAGAGCUUACAAAGAAUUUAUGGAAUAUCUUAUCCAGAUCAAAAACGUUUCAAGGCAACUCUGCUUUCUUUGCUCAGUUCGAAGAAGCAAAGAAAUAUGAUCACAGAGAGCUGGGAAAGAAGCAAGAAUUUUUCACUUUCCACAAACUUAGAAUUUUAGCCCAGGAAGCCGUAUCAUUCUUCCUCAUGGUCGCCAAAUUUGCCUCAAGUUGCUGGAGUUUUUAAGGUCUCAGUACUGGAAGAGAGGCUACAAAGAAGUUUCGACUCCUAUUAUGUGGAAAUGCAGCUCUGGGAAACCUCUGGUCAUGCCGCAAACUACAAGGAGAACAUGUUUGCACUUGAGGUUGAGGGGCAACAGUUUGCGCUAAAACCAAUGAAUUGCCCAGGACACUGUCUCAUUUUUGACUCUAAAGUACGUUCAUACAGGGAACUUCCUCUUCGUAUUGCCGAUUUCGGCGUUCUUCAUUGGAAUGAGCUCAGCGGAGCGCUUACGGGAUUAACUCGUGUUGUAUUCACGCGUAUGUAUAGAAAGCUUUGCGAUGGUUGCAAAGUUGAUGUUGAGGAGCUUGUUGGGUGCCUAUUACUACUACAGCUCUGGGCAUGGGAGAGAUUGCCUACUCCUGCUCCUGCCCGUAACAGUUUUCCUCUAGUUAAUGAUGCUUUCUAGGGUGAGCAGCUUCCUGGACCACAUGAAGUGAGGUACAUAAUAUAUUUAGUUUUACCGUAUGUUCUAAUUUUUCUUCAAAUUGUAAACCUUCUUGCAAAGUAACUGAUAUGUUUUCAUCAAAAACGCCACUUAAAAUAAAAGUAACCCUAGCUAAAGUAGCGUUUUGCACUCAAAACACAACUUAAAGUAACUAUUUGAACCCAAAACACCAUUUUAAGUAGCGUUUUUAACUUUAAAAAAAUAAUAAAAAAUUUGACGGGCAUUUCAGACACAACACCACCAACUGGAGCAACAAACCCAGAAGAACCAAUAUCCAUGAUCUCAGUCAAAAUAGUAUUUCCAAUUUCUCCAUCCUCCAAAACAUCAAAUUGGUUUGAAGUGCAUAUCGCAGGGGCAGAAGCAGUCACAGGGGGAGGGGGAGGGGCAUGUACCGGGGUAGCAUCGGGGGGGGGGGGGGGGGGCACGGGGUCAGGCUCGACCUCACAACCCAUGAAUUCAUUGGACUUGCUUUUUCCUUUGUUUUUUCCAGGGGCUUUCUUGUUGGCAGGGGGCUUAACAUAAGUAGGGUUCUUCUCACACUUGGAGUCAUAAUGACCAAAAGCUUUGCAAAAUGAACACGAUUAUGGAACUGAGCUGUAUUCAAUCCCAACCUUCACCUUAGUAAUCUCACCCGAGUCAUCAUCAAUAACAGGCACCCAGACAGCUUUAGGAUAAGAACACUCAUAUUGAAUUUCCACUAAAACCCCAGCAUACUUAAUUGGGUUAAAAGUGGUCGUCUGCUUGUCUGAAGAGAUGGGGAUGACAACAACGCGAGCUAUGUAACCAAGUCCGGCUUUGGUCCAAUAAGAGUAGGGAACAUCAACAAGUUUAAUCCAUGUAGAAACCUUUUUGAUAACAUUUUUCUGGAAUGAAGCCCCAUCAGUCCAAGGGGCUAGAGAGGCGCAACACCCCUUCCCUUACCUUAAAAUUCUCUUUCAAGGACUCAAUAGUACUGGGUCUCACAAGACCAAAUUCAUUAGUGUUACGACCAUAUUUAGAGCUUUGGAACUGAACAAAUUCUUGCAUAGAUUAACCAUGAGCAGUUAAGAAUGUACCAAUGUCAAUCAUGAUGUGCUGAUGGGUUAUCGCCUGGGAGCGCGCUUGUAAAUCAACACCAAGCACAGGAGGCACAGCUCAGGCGCUGGUAUUGGAGGCCAUGUUUACAGACUCAGUAGAGGCGGACGCUGCCUGAGUGCUUGCAAAGAGCGCCGUCACAGGCAUUUGGGCGGCGUUGUCAAAAGAGGAAUGAUUUUGAGCUUCGUUGGCCAAAGCAAUAGCAAGAGCCAAGCUGUUGCCACCACUAGAGGCAAGAGGAAGAACAUCCAUUACUGUUGCAUCAAGGUCCGGCGGGUUGGGGUCAGGCGGCGCCGGAGCAGUUGGGGCGUGAGCCAUGGGCACUCACAGAUUUGGGAAAAGAGGAAAAUAGAAUGGUACUAUGGUAGAGGGGGGGGGGGGGGGGUGAGGGGAAAUGUUUGGACUGGGUGGUGAGAGUGGACUCGUGUCGGGCGGCGGCGGUCCAAGGCGAUCAAGGGGCGGCUGGGUUGAAAAGAUUGGGCGGGAAAAGAAAAAACCUAGAGAGAAGGAGGAUCAUCUCUCUAGAAAAAAGGCCAUCGCUAUCUAUGAUGUGGCGUUUUAUAUAAACACAACUUAAAGUUGCAUCUUCAAAUUAUAUUUAGGAUCAUUUUAAUAGAAUGUGAUAUUUGGGUCAUUAUUUGUUACAAUUAUGACAAACAGGGCCAACUCCCCAAUAUCAGCUACAAAAUUUAUGCUUUUAUAAUUUGACGUUUCGUUGAUUUGGAAUCACAAUCAUUAUAAAUUGAGCAAACUCUUUUGACAAAAUGAAAUGUAAACACACAAGGCAAAUUCUCUUCUUGCAACACUUGUCAAGAUUGAAAAAUACAACACUUAAUUGUAUUGUGGGUCCUGGUCCUUGGCAGUUGAUAGCCAAGGACCUUUUAACUGGCAUGCUAGUUCUUGAUCAUUGGAUGAAUAUCCAGUGAUUAUAACAAAAUUUUAAUAUGUCAACCUUUUUAACCGCUGGACAAGUAAAAUGACCCCGUCCAGCGGUUAAAAAGCGUUGGACGAGACUCCGUCCAUCGGUUAAAAACCGUUGGCCAUAUUAAGAAAAAUGUUUGUAAUUCUGGCUGUUGGAUAUUCAUCCAACGACUAGAAACCACCAUUUAUAAGGUUCUCGCAAUCGACUGGCAGAAACUAACAUGCCAUUUAAAAGGUCCUCGUAAUCGACUGGCAGGGACCAUGAACUUGUAUUGUUCUGAAUCCCUCUACUUCAGAUUUAAACCUUUUCCAGAUGUCUUCACUUUUCAUUUCUCAUUCGUAAUCAGAAACACGUCCUUUGUAUAUUCUCUAGAACUACAAGUCCAGAUUGUCUUAAACCAAAUCUCUUCUGCAAAAUGUUGUAAAAACCAGCUCUUUACAAGUUGGAGCUAAGGGUCUAAUGUCCUGUAUAUAUACCAGGCCUGGCCAUUAAAAUUCUCUGUGCGGAAGCUCUUAGCUUCUUAUGACGCCUAGAUCGCACUCUAACUUUUCACACAACUGCACAGAAGAUAUCCCAAUGUCAGUAUAUGGUAUAAUAUCGCACUUAAAAGCUAGGAAAAGCAAGAGAGACUUACCUUUCUGUACAUUACAGCAUCUCCACAAGUUUUUCGUACUUCGACUAUGUACAAGGAUGGGCUAAUGUCAAACACCUAGUGCAAUUGCAAUGCAGUAUGAGUUAUUAUGAGAUACUAAUAAUAGGUUAGCUGCUAAGGAACAUUAAAAUGCACUUUGUAAUGGAGUCUAAAGCUAACCUCUGCUUCCACUGAGAGACUAACCGGGCUUUUAUGAUCUUUAUGCAAGCGAACCAUUUUGAGCUAAGCAUAAUGACAAGAUUAGAUCACAAUCAGUUUAAUCGCUUGACAGUCGACUUAAGAUUCAAUAAAAAAAUAGUUUGAAGAAGGAAUUCAUCGCGAAGAAACAGAAAAGAUCAGUACUAGGCGGAUCCUCAACUAACCUUUCCACUACUCUUCUUGACUUUAAACCCCAUCUGUGUAACUAUGUCCUCAAUCCGCUCGAUCAGUUCUUUUGGAGAAUGGUUAGAUGUAAACCUGAUUUUCCUCUCAGAAACAUCCUGAAGCAUGAAAAGAAAGGAUUGUAUGAUCUUGCGACUUUGAAAUCUUAGUAUCGCACUUUUUAGUAAAUAGUUAACUUAGCAGUGGUUCUAACCUCUUUCUCAAAUAAGCCCGAAAGAUCCAGGCCUGAGGACAUGCCAAUUAGCUGGAAAGCAUUGAUAAGAGCAUGCGAAGCUAGAUCUUUUUCGGCUGAGGGCGACUGCACCAUUGAAAAAGCAUCUCUUUAGAGUUGGUAAAACUUAAUUUCAGAUUGUGAAGGUUGAUUUAUUUUUUCUCUGCUGAGACUAGAGUAUCCAAUUGUGGAUUACCUUAUGAAUCGUCGAAACUUCAACAGCCAUGCAUGUAUCUUCUUCAUCCUCAUCGUGAUUUGCAGGAGUAUAGUUCCGCUUAAACCAUUGAUCAUCCUUAAUUUCAGACAUUGUUAUUCGAGUACGAGGUUCUGGAUCAAGAAUCCUUCUUAUCAAGUUUCUAGCUCCCGCGGACAGUCUCUUGGGAAUAUGCACAUCCCCUUUGAAAAUCUGAAAUCCACCAAGGAAAUUUACUUGGAUGUUUUAUAUUAGUUAGCGUAUGGAGAAAUUUCACAAGAGGUUCAUCCAAGGUAAACAUCGUAGUUGUUUUAUACCUUCUGAUAUAGUACUGCAAUGUUUCUGUCAUCAAACGGUAGAUACCCUGUGAGAAUUACAUAUAACAUGACGCCACAAGACCACGUAUCAGAUGCAGCACCGUCAUAACCCUUGUUGUGCAGAACUUCUGGAGCAACGUAGUUGGGACUACCGCAGGUUGUGUGCAACAAUCCGUCAUCCUGAGGAGUAGAUAAAAGCAAAUGCCUAACUGAAGUAUAACAAUGUUACUAAUAUAAUGUAGAUGUAGCGUAAAAUUAGAUUGCAUACUCUGAUAUGUUGAGGUAAUGCACCAAGACCAAAAUCAGAUAUCUUUAUGUUUCCUUCUGCAUCUACCAGGACAUUCUCUAGCUGCAUUACAAGAUAUUGCAAGAAGUUCUGAGCCUGUGAUAUUCUUUAAAGGGUUCAGCUAUGUAUAGGACAAUACCUUGAGAUCGCGGUGAAAAACACCUUUGUUAUGGCAGUAGCUAAUGCCGUCUACUAAUUGUUGAAACAUUUUCCUGCCUGCAGCCUCCGAGAGUCUCCCUUUGGUUUCCUAAAAAUCAGGGGAAACCACAAGAUUGUUGGAUCUGAUCACAGAUGUAAACAAAGAGCACAUGGAAAGUUGGAAACAGCCUGAAGGGGUAGGGAAGAAAACAUCAUCAGGAUCAUAGAGUAAAAAACCUCGUGUAACCGGACCACGUUAGGAUGUCUCAGGAGCUUCAGAGUGCAAAUUUCCCUCUUUAUCUGCAAAUUUUAAACAGGGCACACAAAUUAGUACACUUUGUUCAGUUAUCCCACCUGAAACUUCCGCGCUGAAUAUGCCAGAGCCCCCAAUUUAUCCCUAACGUUCAGACGUGUUAGGAGUUAUCCCACAUCGCUCAGAACAGACAAUAUCAUACUAUUACAGAGUUAUGACUCAUUUAGCAGACCCGAGAAGAUGUACUAACCUGAUCAGUGAUCCUGCAAUCAACAAUCCGGGUCUUCUCCAAGAUCUUGACAGCAAACGACUGGCCCGAAUCAAGACUCAUAGCAAACUUCACUUUUCCGAAAUUCCCCUCUCCAAGAGUCCUCCCCAGCUGAUACUUCCCCACUUGCAUUCUCUUUUUCUGCUCAUUCCCCUUCUCCUUCCAUGCAAAUAGCACCAUGAUGAUCACUUCUCUUUGUUUAUUGCUCUGUGGCUAGCUUCUGCAUAUAUAAUGGAAGUGGGCUUGUUCAAUAAAUGAUGAAAUGUAUCUGCAUGUGAUGAUAUCUACAGGUGUUACAUAUGGUCUACAUGAAACUAGAUUAUAGAUGUGUCUUGGUUUAAGACAGAAAUAUAACCACAGAUGUGGGAAGAAUAAUUAAUAAUCCUCUGUUUAACUGUUGUUUCUCUGUUGUAAAAGGUUUCUCAUCUUUCAUAAUUAGUCGGUUACACCAUAUGACAAUAUUGAUGAUUUGUGUAAUGAAUCAGAAACUGAUUUAAGUGAAGUUAGUUUGAAGUA